CAGGGUGGUGGUGACCAGCUGCAAGUACCUCCCCCUUAAAACCAAGUGCUUGGGGUUUUCAAAGGCUUUCUGCACUGCUAAAAAAACCUAUCUAUAAGGCUUCACGCCAGGUGCACCAAUAGUCUGUGAACUAUAGGUCUGGUCACAUUCAGAAGAGCCAGCUGGGUUCAGGAAUAGCACAAUUUAUUGAUUGUCACAUAUAUGGUUCUUUUGGAUUGCCCAUGACAAAUGCCUGAACUGCAGAGUGGCUUUACAGAGCACUAACAAUACAGUGGCAAUCACAAUCUUAAUUUCCCAGGUUAACACUCUGAGGACACAAGACCUACCAAAAGAUGACCCUUGUGGGGUGGGAGAGGACAAAUCUGUCAAACUGUUCCUGGAAUUUCAAGUAAAAUUCUUGUCUGCCAGCUAGAUAUUAAACUGGCCAGCUUUUCCAUCUUAUUAACCACUAUAGUGCAAAGUGCUGCCAAUAGUGAUCAAAUCUUCUGUUAUUUGUGGGUGUGUUGUACAGAAUAUUUAUUGGUAGGAGGUUUUAGUUUGUCAAAACUUUUCUGGGUAUCGGGUAGAAAAACUAGACCACAUGGCCUGCACUCCAAAUUCACCCCAUUGCCAUGGCAACACAACUCACAGGCGCUACAUCCAGCUCCUGUGCUUGCACUGCAGAUCCCAUUGCAUGUCCAGCUUUGCCUUUCCUUCACUGCUUUGUGCUUCCAUGUACACACUCUGAUAUUGUGAGGCUGAGCCAGAGCAUUGCAUGGAGCAGUGGAGAGUCUUUGGGUUUGCAGCACCAGGGCAAAAUGGCCAUGAGGAAGAUUCAGAGGCAAAUGCAAAGAAUUUUCUAUUUUCCUGAAAUAAGAGGGUUUUUUUUUGUUGUUUGUUUUUGCUAGUUUUGUUUUGUUUUUCUCCUGUGUUAAGAAAAUGAAUACCAAAUCCAGCCCUUCCACUCUAAUAAACUUGGAGAGCUCCUGUCAGCCCCCACACCUCUGGCUCCCUGAGGUUUGCUGCUGCUAGCACUGGGGGAGAAGGAGUUAAGUUUGCAUUAAAUAGCAGCCCAGCUGCCUGCAGAGCCUCCGAUCCCACUCUUUAUUCCACAAUCUUUGAUGGCUGAUGAAAAGCCAGCUCCAAAUUCACAAGGCACUUUCUAAACCAAAAAUUCUGUCUGCCUUUGUGUUGGGCCGGCAGCUCUCCACUUCUUGCAGCUCCCGGGCUCUGCGGUCCAGGACAUUCCUGGCUGGUCAUUCCCGGGGCUCCCCUCCCAUCCGGGGCUGCGGGGCAGCCCAGGCUCCCGGCGGGUGGGCGGGGGACAGCUGUGUCCCCUGUCCAUCCCCGGCAGGUGGAUCUGCAGGAAAAGCUCGGCUGCCCCUGCCCUGGCGCGGGCCGCUCCUGCCUCUCUCCUGCGGGGCUCGCAGCCCAAGAUCUCCCCUGGCUUUGGGUGCUGAAGUGAUCCAGCAGCACGUUCUCCCAAAAUGAUGGAGAAUGAAGUGUUUCUGUCAUUCACGUUCUACAGCACAAUUCUGAUUUUAAAGAUGUACGUCGUUGCCAUCAUUACGGGGCAAGUGAGACUCAGAAAGAAGGCAUUUGCAAACCCAGAGGAUGCCCUGCGCAACGGGGGGCUGCAGUUCUGCCGCGAGGACCCCGACGUGGAGCGGUGCCGCAGGGCCCACCGCAAUGACAUGGAGAACAUCUUCCCCUUCCUCUUCCUCGGAGCCAUCUACUCCCUGCUGGAUCCCAGCCCCACAGUGGCCAGGAUCCACUUCCUGAUCUUCUGCGUGGCACGGAUCAUCCACACCAUUGCCUACCUCCUGCAGCUGAGGGCUCCCACACGCUCCGUGGCCUACAGCGUGGCCCAGCUGCCCUGCCUCUCCAUGGCCCUGCAGAUCCUGCUGGCCACCAGCCCCUACUGGUAACAGCCAGAGAGACCCACCACCCAAACCCCUCACCCUGACUCUGCUGGGCCCCCUGGGAGUGGGAGAGAGUGAGAGUGUGAGUGUGUGAGAUGUCACCAGGGAGGUCACCUGCACCCCGAGGAUGUUCAGUGCAGCCUUGAUGGAAUUCCACUGCCAUCGGAAUUUGUCAGAGGGGUCACCAGAGAGCAGGGACAUGCAGGAAGGGGAUGUGGAGGCAGGUUUCUCUCCCUCCUGCUGAGGGUGAGUAGUGGAAAGGACAUGGCCUGCCCCUUGAGGAAGGGGUCAUUGAGGGAAAGGUUUUCUAUGUUUGGAACUGUGACUGAGACCUUUUCCUCCUGGUCAUGAAUAUCCUAUGAAUCAGGCAGGGAAAAUCAUGAGGAUCCCACAAAGUCUCUUAGUCAGCAGAUGUGGUUGGUAGCAGAGCCACCCUGCUCCUGCCCUGCCAUCUGCAUCUCUGGGGAUGUGAGUCCCUUAGGAUUUAGUCCCUCAGGUUCCCUCUCCACCAAGGGGGACAGGAGGCAGGUGCCUUCCAGGCAGCCUGACGGGGAAAUCCAAAUCUCAGGGGUGAAGCCAUUGGAGCAUUCAGUGCUCCCCACCUCACAGCACAGCACACAGCUCCCUGCAGGCAGGACCCUGGAGCUCCUGGCAGCUCCCAGCCAGCAGCAGCUGAGGCUUUUCCAUCUCAGCCUCACCACAGCAAGAUGCAGAGUGACGUGCCUGGAGAAGCCAGCAGGAAUCCUUUACCCUGGACACGCAGCCUGAACACAUUUGCUGGACACAAAGUUCUGGGACUUCUGGAAUGUCUGAAAUGCUGGCACGAAAUGGGGUUUGCAGACAGAGUUUUCUCCCAAAGGGUAGUGUAGUCCACAUGCCAUUAAUACCUGAAAAUGCCCCCAGGGCAGCAGAGUGAGUUUCUCCCCCUCUGUUUGUAGCCUUUCUCUGGCCCGUUGCUAUUUGGGAAAUGUGCAGUGAUUGCCUUAGGGGAGUUUUCUUUCAGCUGUUUCCUGCUGUCCACUGCUGCCGCGCCUUUCACAGCCUGGACCAGCUGGUGUUUGCAGAAAGCUCUGGAAAAGAGCAGAGUGGCUUUGAAGGGAGCAUCGCUGCUCUGCAGUGUCACCCAAAAGUGUUUUGUUGGGGAGGAGAGGCUGGGAGCAGGGUCCUGCAUGGUGACAAGGGCCCAUCAGCUGCUCUGCCACACAGCUGUCCCCCGUGCCAGGGGCUGCUCCCAGCUGCAGCAGUGGAGCAUCCUCUGCAGGAGAAGGCAGGAGGGAACCUCUGCUCUUCAGUGCCUCCUCCUCUGAGGGCAGCACAGAAUUUCAAUAGCAUCACAGGGACAAGCCAGAAUGAGCAGAAGAUAAAUUCCCCUUCCACCUGUCCUGUGCACCAAUUCUCCCUUGACUCUGCUCUCCUCAGAGAUGAUCUUGCUGAGCCCUCACUGAGCCCUGGGGACACACCUGCUCAGACUGAUGUCCAGCCUUUUCUCAGUUCAAACAGAAGUUUCUGUGCCAGUAACUCCAUCCCAGUGCAGUUGUGGCUCAGGCUGAGCUGUGUGGUGAAGUUUGGAGUGGAAUUCUGCUCUCCCACUGCGAGGAAGGUGGGCAGGAUUGCAGGUUCAGCACUUCACUCCUGGCCACUUCCCACAGAUGUCUGGGUAACACAGACCCCUCUUAACAAAUCUUUUCUGCCUCACGUGGUGCACAAGGUCUUGCACUCCUGUAUGUUUCUCUGCUGCUGCACAUGCAUCCUGGUGGCAGGAAGCAAAUAUUCCCAAUAAAAACAAAUCAUUGUGCUCUGAUAUAUCCUUCCUUUGGGAGCAGCAGAUGCAGCUGGGCAGCAGCUGGGUCCAGCCCAGCAGGAUGGAUCCUCAGCAGGAUGUCAAACCCCACUGUAGGGCCUGCAGUGUCCUGGGACUCCUAAAGAGACAUCCCUUUCCUCUGCACUCACCUGCCCUGCAGAGGAACUCCUUUUCCAGGUGUGCAUUAUUUGUGCUGAUCCUUUAAAUGCAGCAGAGCUGGGAAUUAUAAGCAGCUCUGCUCACUUUCCCUUCCCUGAGCAGCAAGUUGUUACAAAGCUUGGUGUUCACCCAAAAAUCCUGGAGGGCUGGAGAAGCUCAGGUAAGAGCUGGCUGCUCUUCUUUCUGUUCUUAGGACUCAUAAAGGAGCUGCUUGUGUUUUCCAAGAUAAGUAACACCCGCCCCCCCUUUUUUUUUUCACUAGUUGCUGGGAAACAAAUGCUUCAUUUCUUUGGUUUUCCCCUAUUUUCUUAAGUUGUUGGUGGUUGGGAGGUGCUGCCCUGUCUGUGUUAGUUUCAGAAAAUGGCUCCACUUGGUUGUUUUCUUUCCCUGUUUGUUUCCAAACGAGAAAGGCAGUGGUUUUAUAAAAUGGACUCUCUCCAGUACAUGUUGCUGAGGUUGGAGAUGUGGCUGGGAUGGAGAUUUUGGCAUAGGAAGGAAGAAGGGAGGCUCCAGAACCCCCUUCCAACCCCCAGAUCUGCCGGCUGCUUCAGCCUCUUCUCAGCUGCCUGUCCAGUGCCUGAGGCUGAUGCCCUGCUCAGGAAGGCUGAGGUUACAUGCAAAGCUCUGCUUUCUCCUUUUUUAUUAAAAAAAAAAAAAUAAACUCUGCUUACUGGCUGCAGGGAAAAGCUUGGGAAUGUGAACUCUCCUGGCUCAAAAAAAAAACAAACACAAAAAGCCUGCAAGGCAAACUUAAGAGAGGCCCAGGCAUUGCACUUAUUUUGAAGUGUUGUGGAAGUUUGGGGGAAGCAAAACCAAGCUGGGCUCGGUUGCUUGGGCAGCACCAGUCCCUUCAGGGCUCUCCUGGGACCUGGUGAUCAGAGCCACUGCUCUCCCCGGGACACUGCCAGUGGCUGCUGCAUGUGAGAGGCAUUACUGCCUUUUCCGAAUUAAUAUCUACAGCCCAGAGCUCCCAAAUUCCUGCUCUGGCAUCAGUGUGGGCAAAGGACGUGCCCAGUGUCUCCUGCUGCUCCAGGGAGCAAGGACAGUGGUUGCACCCACCAGUCUGGGGUUUGGUGUGUGCCUGGUAUGUCCAACAACUUGUUCUUCACACCUGGCUCAAACAGGAAACAGCAACGCUGUGAAACCCACCCGGGACUGCAGAUCAACAGUCUGCUGCUUAAAUGGGUACAAACUGAAGGAGGAGAAAUUUCAGUUCGACUUUAGGAAGAAUUCUUUUCCUGCCGGGGUGGUGGGACACUGGGACAGGCUGCCCAGGGAGGCUGUGGAUGCCCAGCCCUGGCACAGCUCAAAGCCAGGUUGUUUGAGCAAGUUUUGUCUAAUUCAAGCUGGAUGUGAGUAGGUGUGAGUAGGUGACCUUUAAGGUCCGUUCCGCCCCGCUCUGUGGUUAAAUGUGUGGUUGUGAUUCACACCACCCGUACGCGUCACCUCACGGUGCUGCGAGAAAAGCAACACCGUGAGUGGAGACCCGGCACAAGCCGCUUUCCCUCCCACACUCUUUCGGGGGCUUCCAGCCCAGCAUCCCUCCCACCCCUGCGCUCAGGACACACCUUUUCCUGUGCUCACUCCUCUUCCUCACCUGCCUGCCCCGCUCCCCGGGUCUCUCCAUCCAGAGCGUUCCUGCUGGGAUCUGGAACAAGAUUCCAUCUCGAGCAGCUUACCUUUAGCACAGAUCGCCCUCCCAACAUCCCCAUUCCCUCUAGCAGGUGGGAUUUUGAUACACAAUUCCCCUUGGGGAAAUGAGAUUCCUGCGGGUUGCAGAGAGGAGCCAGCCCUGCAGCCAUGGGCACUUCGAAGUGGAGAAGACAGCGGCGCUCCCCCGCUGCCCUCUGGCACACCAGGGUGAAGUUGGCACCGGGGAAAACUCUUUCCAGGGGGGUUUUCUAACGCGGCGUGGGGCUGAGCUGUGAGACAUGCCCUGCUCCAGCCGGGCUGCGCUGCGCGGGGCUGCAGCACCCUCGUGUGGCUGCGGGACCCUGCGGGGACACGGGGACACGGGGACACGGGGACCCCCCCGGCGCCCGCACCCGCGCAUCCUCCGCGCCUCUGCUGGGCAGAGAGCUGGGGUGCUCAUGGAGGUGUUUGGGGCGCAGGGAAGGUGCCAUUCCUUUGGGAAUGGGUUGAGGAGGAGGAGGCUGGUGUCUGCUCCAGUGCCCAUCGGCCUCUCCAAAGCAGGCAAGGUGAGAUGUGAGUCCCAGGGAGAUCCUCCCGUCCCUGCUCUCUGGGAGUCAGCUGGUUGAAAACAGUGGUUUGAGGAAGGAAACGGUUUGUAAAUAUCCUUGCAAACUUCCCCUGCUUCUGAAGUUGUGGUGUAUGGCUGCAACGCUGUGCAUCUCCAUGGAAGAGUUCUUCCUUACCCGUGAACUCUUCCUGGACUUUGUGAAGCUGCAAAAGGAACCUUUGCUUCCUCCCUUCUUCCCAAGUAAUUAUAAAGCAUUACACCCCUGUGCAUAGCUACCCUCCAGCUUCUCUGCUGCCUUAGGUUGCUUCCCUGUGGGGUUGGAAAGAAGCAGCAGCGAGCAAAAUAUCUGCUGCAGGGAGGAGAUGCUCCUUCCGUGUGGAAUGUAGAGUUUGGGGUGAGCAUCACAGCCCCCAGGACAGGAGCCCUGCUCCAAAGGGCAGGAGGGGCUCUGCUGCUGGAGGUGACACGUUGCUGUCACAGGAACAUGUGUCCCUGCAGUUUGUGCGUGGUGCCAGCAGGACUCGGAGGGUCUUCAGAGCUCCCCGUUGCCACCAGAGGGAGAAGGGCUCAGCAGCAAAGGAUAAAGGGAAAGGAGGAUACUGCAACCACGAUUUGUCUGUGAUUCAUCCUGGCCGGGGAUAACCAGGCGGGUGUCCCCGUGAGCUGGAAAAUGUGACCUUGGUUUUGUCUUGCUGCUGUAGCAGCCGAUGCUGAUGACAACACAGAAUUGUUCUCAUUAAAAUAUUCUAGGGGCAAACUUCAACUUUUCAGCAAGUCACGCACAAGUGCCAGGCUGUGGGGUCAGAAACAAGGAAAGGGGUCCAGAAAGAUCCUCCCAUCACCUGAGACCCGCCCUUUUGGAUUCACCUGGUUGAAAACCAACUGCUUGGAGGAAGGAAACAGUUUGCAAAUGUCUUUGCAAUCUUCCCACACUCCCAAAGUUGUAGUGCAUGGAUGGAGACCAGCUGUCCUGCUGAAAUUAGCACUGGUGAUGGAUGUGCCCUUCCAGGGAGGAAAAAUGCCUCUGUCCUGGAGAAGCUGCAGAGGUCUUUGAGCUCCUCUUCACUGACAGCCUGCCCCCAGUGUCUCCCUCCCCCGUGGAGUGCAGACCCUGCCAGGUGAGCUGCAGCUCUCCACGCUCGUCUGUCCCCUGGUUUGAGACCCCUCAGAUGUCCCCCAGCUCCUGGGAGCUGACUGACCACGGGUUGAGACCUUCUGCUCCAGUGGAAGACGAACUGAAGUUGGGACAGUUCAGGCAGGAAAUAAGUGACAUAUUUCCAGCAGUCAACAGAGAUGAGUCACGGGAGGAAUCUCCCCUGGGAUCUGUAAGUUCAUCACUUCCAAGGGUCUCUUGACUCAGGGUUGGAUGAUUUCCAAAGGGAUGCUCUGCACUGGCCACGUGCAGAGGACAUGAGGAUGCUGCUUGGGUGAUAUUCUUUAUGCAGGAGGUUGGACAAUUGGCCUUAAUGAUCUACAAGCCACUUACUGAAUGAAUAAAUAAUUGGUUACAAAGCAGCAGCAGCAGAGCAGUUUGGCAGGGGUGGUCGAGAGUGUGGGACCAUGGUGGGCCUGGGGUGAUGUCCAGUAUGGGGAAUUGCUCCUGCUGGGUGCUGCAGGGAUGGUGUGGGAUGAGCCUUGUUCCCCUCUAGGGACAGCUGGAAUGCUUUGUUUUGGGGUCCUUCCUUCCUCAGCCUUGGAUCCUCGUGUCCCAGUGGCCACUGGUGAUGGGAGGGACAAAGGCUGGGAGGGAGCUGAUCCUGGGCUCCCAUGGAGCUGAGCCUCUCUGGGUGCAUGGCAUGGUGUUGUGGUCCCCUGGCUCUGUGGGGGGAUUGAGGACGGCCUGGGGGGAGGAGGAGGUGACAGAGCCAUCCUGUAAGUGACACCGUGUGAGCUGGCCUGACAGGAGGCUGCUCAAGUCAGCAGGUGAAGGCAAGUGAAAGAAACAGGGGGAACCCAGGUGUCCCUUCUCCUCCCAGCUCUCCUGGAAGUCGGCAGGGCAGCAAUUUCUGCACAGGCAGCUGGAUCCCUGCCACAUUGCACCAACACACACCCACCAUUAACUUUGUCACCUCUCUGAAUGCCCCACAGCAUUGAUCCCCACAGUAUCUCAGUGCAAUGGAUUUAGGCUUCAUUUGUGCACUGAGGACACUUUCUGCCUUGCUCUCUGACCCUUUCCUAGCAAUUCCUGCCACUUGACUCGCUGCCUUUCAGUCUGAGCGUGUGCUGGGCAGUUUCCCCUUGGCACAUCUUGACACCUCUCCACACUGCAUCAAAUCUGCUGCUGGACAGCUCAGCACUGUGAGCUUCUGGAGCCCUGUUUAACUUUGCUGCCUCAACUAUUUGGUAUCACCUUUGCCUGACCACUGAUUCCUCUUGUUUUGGGUGCUCAGUGCCUGCUCUGCACCUGUGGGCCUUCACUCCCUGGAAAGUGCUCUACAAUCUGAUGGUUUAUUUCUACCCUUUGGGUUCUUUCAGCUCGAUUCCUGUGCAGAAUCUGACCCUCCUUCCUGCCUCUUAAUUCGAUUUCUGCCCAGGCUGCUUGUCCAGGGCAGGUGGGGAAACCACAGUGGCUGGUGAUGGAAGACUCAGUCCCUAUCACAUGCACUGACACGUCUCUACUCAGUAAAAUAUUUAUUCCUCCAUUA